AUGUUUGGGUCAUUAUUGUCUAAGCUCCAAAUACUAAACACCUGUGCCUUUUCUGGUGCCCGCACACCAGUAACAACCGUCUUCACAAGAGGCAUGAUGAAGACCCAUAAAGGUGCUGCCAAAAGAUGGAUCAAGACUGCCAAAGGUUUCAAGAGAGGCAAAGUUGGAAGAAAGCAUGGUAAUGCUGGUUGGUCACAGAGAUUAUUGCAACAUAAAGAUGGUAAAACUGAAUCUAUGGGCAAAGGUCAUGGCGAUAUGAAUAAGAGACUCAAGAGACUUUUACCUUACCAUUAA